AUGGUGGCGCUGUGCCCACCCGGCUGCAGCGAGACCCCGCCCCCUGCCUGGAGCCUGGCGGGUGUUGGCGGGCCGCGGGUGCGAGGACUGCAGGAUCGGGCCCUGCCGCCGCCCAGGGGGGUGUGGGUGCCCGGAGGGGGCACCCUGCCCUGCCCACCCACCCCCGCGCCCGCCCCGGACCCCCCCUGCGCCAGCCGUCCCUGCGCCCACGGCGGCACUUGCCAGGAGCUGGAGGGCUCCUUCGCCUGCCGCUGCCCCCCCGGCUUCGCGGGCCGCACGUGCGAGCGCGGCGCCCCGGCCUGCGCGGCGCGGCCCUGCUUCAAUGGGGGCAGCUGCGCGCCGCGGCCCGGGGGCGCCUACACCUGCCGCUGCCCCCCCGGCUUCGCCGGCUCCAACUGCGAGCGGCGCCUGGACCGUUGCGCCCCGCGGCCCUGCCUGCACGGUGGCCACUGCCUGGACCUGGGCCGGAGCCUGCUGUGCAAAUGCCGCCCGGGCUUCACGGGGCCCCGGUGCGAGGAGAACGUGGAUGACUGCGCCGGGAGCCCCUGCGCCAACGGGGGCACCUGCCUGGACGGGGUGGGCAGCUACAGCUGCUCCUGCACCCUGGGCUACGGGGGCCGGGACUGCAGCCAGCGCGUUGGCGCCUGCGGCUCCAGCCCCUGCCUCAACGGCGGCGCCUGCUACACCCACUUCUCCGGCCACGUCUGCCGGUGCCCGGCCGGCUACAUGGGCGCCCGCUGCGAGUUCGAGGUCCCACGCCCCCCCCAGGACGCCGGCCCCGCCGCCUUGGCCCUCUCCGGCGCCCUGAUGCUGGCGGCGCUGGCCGUGGCAGGGGGUCUGGUGGGGGCCACGGCCUGGUGCUGGUGCCACCGGGGGGUUCGGGGGGCAGCCAGCCCCUGCCAGGGCCUGGGGACCAUCAGCAACCUCCUUGCCCCCUUCAAGGGGCCCCCCCAGGACCCCGGUGUCCGGGACCUGCUGGGCUCCAAGCAGGAGCUGCUGGAAGGCCCCGGUGACGGGAAGAAGCUGGAGAAGACCCCGGGGCCGGGGGAGUCGCGCGGCCUUGCCGGGCUCCCCGCCCCGGGCGCCGUCCGGCCCGUGCUGCCCCCGCACCCGCCGCGGCUGCCUGUCUUCACCACGGAGGUGUGAGGCCUGGCCCCCCGGACCGCCGGCGGCGGGACCCAGCGGCGCUCCCGGAUCCCAAGCGCUUCCCGAACCUCUCGUCACUUCCUGCUAUUUUUUUAUAAGAGAAAAAAUAUUUAAUAUUUAUUUUUGCUGCUGGGGGGGCGGGGG